GCCGCCACCGCCACUGCCGCCAGCGCCAGUAAAUUGUUCACGCGAUUCCCGCGCUCUCAGUUCUUACGUCAUUCGCGUCUUUCAUCCUUCAUCCUUCGUCUUAACCACAGGACAGGAAGUGAAAGCGUGUGUCCGGUCCUGAUCUGGAUUUUAUUGGAAUCGCAUCAGUAAAAGCUUGAGGCGCCUCUUGGACAUGGAUGCCGCCGAUUUGAUGAAUGUGUAUGGCAUCCCCGCCAGCAACAGCCACCAGCCAAUGCAGAGGGAAGUUGGGCGACAGUUGAAAGAGAGUGGAGCUGCAGCUAUGGCUCACAACAUGAUGGGAAAUGUCGAGGCUCGUCCUCCUCAAAAUAUUUUCCAGUCUCCUGUCAAGGAAGAAGUGGUGCUGAAUCUGAAACUUGCUCUCCAGGAGAGAGAAAUGAAGCUGCAAAGCGCCGAGACCCAGAUUACUGCCUUGUCCAGCCGAGUGGCAAACCAGGAACGGAUGUUGGUCGUCUACGAGGACUUGCACAAGCUGGACAUGGAGUUGCAUAAAUCAAACGCUUCUCUCGUGCAGGCCAGGGAUGAGAAAAUCAAAGAUCUAAAGAACCAGCUCUCAGCACCACCAAGUGCUGGCAAUCAGAAAACCAAGGGAUCUGAGAAGUCGAUGCUACGAUCGCUCGUGACAUUGGCCGAAAAGCUCAAACAGCAUGGUCUCCUUACCAUUCACUACCAGAAAAAACUGACUGGUUGGAAGGCGGGAAUGGCUUAUGACGAGGAAAAUUCUGCCAACGACGAACAAGCUGCUGUGGUGGAAGCCACUUCAGAGGACUGCUCAAAUAGCGACACCCUUGUCAUUGAUUUCAACAGAGAUGAUGCUGAAGACCCAAUUGUGCCUGAGAAAAUUCCAGAAAUUGCACCUGAGAAAGAGUUAGAUGAUGACAGCAAGCUUCAGGUUGUGCUCCCUUCUGCCCCUGAUGUCAAAGAAGACUCGCCUGCGUCUCCUGAGCGUGAGGCCUGCGAAGAGCAGGGUUUGGCUGCAUCCUUGCCCAAGGAGGUCGCUUGCGCCCUGCCAGAAGCAACUAAAGAUGUGGACAUGCUGGAGGUGGAGGCUGAUGCCGGCACCAACGUCAAGGAGAAAAAGGAUGGCGGAGAGUUUAAAGAGGCCACGGAGGUAGCAAAGCAGUCCACUUCAGGCCAGGAAGGAGGACUGGCAAACCUGUACCCUGAAAAUGCAGACAGCAAGGACAGCGACUUGGAUGAUCGCAUGGAGACCCUCUUGGACGACUCAGAGGGGUCGGAAGAUUUGCGUGUUGUGGGCAAUGAUAGCCUGAUCUUCCAUAGUAGGUCUGGUUCAGAUGGAUUCAAUGAAUCUGGAAUGCAGAUUAUGGUUGACUUGGAACCUGAGAAGAGUCCUGACAGUGUUGAGGCAGGAGCAAGACACGAUUCUGAAACCAAGCACGAGGAACCAAAGUUGCCUGUCCCUGCAGAGCCGUUGGAAACAGCACAAGUUCAGCAAACUCCGAACUUGGCAGUUGAGGAACCAGUUCAAGCCAUGUCCCCAGCUGCUGAAAAUGAGGAAGAGCCAGUUGGUGAAACAGAACAAUCCUCAACUGUGAAAGAGCAAGAAGCUGUCUCUGCUGGGCCCAUAAAAGGACUGGCUAAGAAGAAGCGUAGGAAGAUGAAGAGAAGUGCCUUCAGCAAGAAGCGCAAGUCUCCAAGUGGAAAGCCCAGCACUCCAAAGGAGUCUAUGUCUGAAAAACCUGUCUCAUCCAAAGACAAGGAACCUGUUGCUGAAGAAAGUCAGGUCCAAUUGGCAGAGCAGUUGGUGCCUGAACCAGAGGUUGAAGAAGACAAAACCUCUGAAGACGAGCCAACGAAGAAUAGCAGGAAGCGUAGAAGUACUCGAGGAUCAAAGCAGGAGACUCUACCUGGUGUGCGUGGCACCCUGGUUGGCACAUGGAUGUACUCUCCAGGCAAGGAAGACCGGCCCCUCUCUCUGAUCAAAGCCAAUCUUCCAACCAAGAGUUGUCACCUGAAGAUCUACGGAACCCCUUGUGACGAUGAUGAUUCUGCAGUCAACAAUGACCCUCAGGCGCAGCUGAAAAGCGUCAAGUGGGCAGGAGUGGCCACUGAACCUGCUCCUCAGGAUGAUGUGCCCGACAUUCCUGAGAAGAAGAUGGUUGUGUCUACCGUCACAAAGCCAGCCAAUGGUAGGAAAAAGAUGUCCAGAAUGGCGAAGCUGAAAGGGCAGCUGGCGAAGACUUGCCCUUAUUUGCAUCCUAAGCUUCAAUAGCUUCGAGGUAGGAAUUUUCAGUUUUUUUGGUUUAUCUGAGAAGUUCCUAACAGGCCCUGUAUAAGAAUGUUUUGAUUUUUGCUACUAAUAUUUCUCACUAUCUGUAAAUGCUUUGAACAAAGCAAGUUUUGUGACUUAAUUAAAUAAAUCUAUUCAAUUUAA